UUGUCGCCUGGUUUUCAAAAUGAAAGUGUGGUAGAGGUGUAAUUAAAAGAGAGCACACACACAUAUCGCCAAUGUCGCAUGAUUCAUUUAGUCGCUACGCUGCACGUACUUCUUGGUCUUCGUGAAAAUGGCAGCGGAGCUGGAGACACUUGACACUGCAAGGGUUGUCCGUGUUUAGAACGUGACACUGUUGACUAUCCACGUGAUUGACCCGACGGGGGCGUGGUCUUAUGGUGCAUAGCCUGUCGCGGAGUAAUUCGUUGGUGGAUAUUCGUAUGAUUGGCGUCUUAUUAUUAUAAUCAUAAACACCAGGGAAAAAAUCUGAGAAAUGUUCAGCUUUUUCAGAAAAAGUCAAGAUACGAAGAAAACUACGUCUCAGGAUAAAGAAACUGAUGAUUUCGUUCUUCUGGGGCAAACAGCUGCUGAACAAAGACCCGAUAGGCCUGCCUUACCAGGGACAGAAUUUACUUACAAUGAACCUUUCCAGGUACCCCAAGAAAGAAUACCAAACAUCAAUGGAAAUGAUACUGGAGCUGGCAAAAUGACCACCCAGGCGUCUGAGGGAAACGCUGCCAUGCUCGAGCUGCUCAGUGACAUUCCCUUUGCUCUAGCGCCUCAUGUCCAGGAAAUGCAGAACAUUUGUAGCGAGCUUCCCGAGAGAGUUCCCAUGUAUAAUCUGGAAGAGAACUUUGCAAGAUAUCACUACGACUUCACCCUGGAGAAUUCUGUGCUUUGUGGGAUCUAAAUGUGUGUCCGAUCAAUGC